CGGUCUGCUUCAGAGGAAGUGUUAGCCUGGCACAAGAAGGCUGUGGAGAGGAAGGAGGUGUUUAAUACUCAUGCCUAUCCACAUAAGAAGCAGCACGGAAAGGAGAAAUCCGAAGGGUCUGCAUUAAACGUGGGUGUAACCACCAGCAGAAGAUUGCGGUCUAGAGGAACAGAUGACCACAUGCUGCUGUUUACUAUUAUUAGUUGUGGGCUAUUUUCUUCUGCGGGUGCCUGGACUUACCACUAUGGGCCGAUGCCACCGAGGAACUGGGAAAUGGCAAGGAGAUAUUGCCAGGAGCACUAUACUGACCUGGUAGCAAUCCAAAACAAAGAAGAAAUUGCCUUUCUCAGUGCUACCAUUCCAUACUAUCGCACGUACUACUGGAUUGGGAUCCGGAAGAUUAACAACGUUUGGACCUGGGUCGGAACGGGCAAGAUCCUGACAAAGGAAGCAGAAAACUGGGCUUCUCGGGAACCCAACAACAAGCGGUCUGGAGAGGACUGUGUUGAGAUAUACAUUAAAAGGCCUGUGGAAUCUGGAAAAUGGAAUGAUGAACGUUGUACUAACAAAAAACUGCCACUGUGCUACCAAGCUUCCUGCCAGCCUUCGUCCUGCAGUCAGCAUGGGGAGUGUGUGGAGACCAUUGGGAAUUAUACCUGCCAAUGUUAUCCUGGCUUCUAUGGGCCUGAGUGUGAAUAUGUUGUGAAAUGCAAGGACUUGAAUGCUGUACUUAGGCCAAUGCACAUGAACUGCAGUCAUCCUCUGGGGAACUUCAGUUAUAACUCCAGCUGUGGCUUCAGCUGUGAUGAAGGGUUUGAAAUGAAUGGCCUGGCCACUUUGCAGUGCUUGCCGCCUGGGAGCUGGUCAGCAGAGAUACCGCAGUGUGUAGCUGUCCAGUGCCGGCCAUUAAGAAUCCCUGUUCAUGGAGACGUCAUCUGCUCUCACAGGAAAUUUCAGUACCAGACUAGCUGCAACUUUACCUGCACAGAGGGCUUUCUUCUAAGUGGAGUAGAGACCACUAGAUGUGAAGCAUCUGGAGAAUGGAGUUCCCUGGAGCCAAUAUGUCAAGUUAAGCAAUGUCCAGAAAUCGAGUUACCCACAAGAGGAACAAUGGACUGUGUAAAUCCAAUGGGCGACUUCGCUUACAACUCCACCUGUGAUUUUGGUUGUGAAGUUGGCUUUCAGCUCAGUGGCCCCAAGACGUUGCAUUGCAGUGCAUCUGGCCAGUGGACAUCCUCUGUACCCGUUUGUCACGCUGUUCAGUGCCAGCUGCUGCAGCCUCCCGCUCAUGGUAACAGCACCUGCUUCGAUUUCCAUGGGAAAUUUCAGUACCAAUCUCUCUGCACGUUCCACUGCACUGAAGGGUUCCAGUUACUUGGAGAAAAGGUGACGGAGUGUACAGCAUCUGGAGAAUGGACAGCAGCAGUCCCAGCUUGCCAAGCCAUGCAGUGCCACAGUCUGGAGACCCCCAAGCAAGGGAGGAUGACCUGCUUUCAUCAAAAUGGAGAGUUUGCAUUCCAAUCUUCCUGUGAGUUUGCCUGUGAGCCUGGAUUUACCUUGGCUGGAAGAAAUGCAACCUACUGCUUAGCAACUGGGAACUGGACUGCUCCAUUGCCAACCUGUCAGGCUGUUGAAUGCCCAAAACUGGAUGUCCCCAAGAAUGGAGAAUUUGGCUGCUCUCAUCCACAUGGAGAUUUUGCAUAUAGCUCCAGCUGCGCUUUCUCCUGCAAUACAGGGUUUGUGCAAGUUGGAGCAGAGCAACUUCAGUGCACAGCUCUGGGAAUGUGGACGGAGAAACCACCCUUAUGUGAAGCUGUCCAGUGCCCACCCCUGCAAACUCCAGACAAGGGCAAGGGAAACUGCUCUCAUCCAUAUGGCCCCUUCGCCUAUCACUCCAGCUGCAUCUUCUCCUGCAACUCUGGCUUUGAGCUGGUUGGGUCAGAGAAGCUUGACUGCACGGAUCAGGGAAACUGGAGCAGAGAUGUGCCCAUUUGUGAAGCUGUUAAGUGCCCAGCUCUAUCUAAGCCUGACAAUGGCCAUUUAAAUUGCACCCACCCUCUUGGGCACUUUGCAUAUGGCUCCAGUUGCAACUUUUCCUGCAGUGCUGGGUUUCAGCUGCUUGGACUAGAGAUGCUUGACUGCACAGCUCAAGGCCGCUGGACUGAACAACUGCCGCAGUGUCAAGCUGUCCAGUGCCCACCCCUGCAAACUCCAGACAAGGGCAAGGGAAACUGCUCUCAUCCAUAUGGCCACUUCGCCUAUCACGCCAGCUGCAUGUUCUCCUGCAACUCUGGCUUUGAGCUGGUUGGGUCAGAGAAGCUUGACUGCACGGAUCAGGGAAACUGGAGCAGAGAUAUGCCCAUUUGUGAAGCUGUUAAGUGCCCAGCUCUAUCUAAGCCUGACAAUGGCCAUUUAAAUUGCACCCACCCUCUUGGGCACUUUGCAUAUGGCUCCAGUUGCAACUUUUCCUGCAGUGCUGGGUUUCAGCUGCUUGGACUAGAGAUGCUUGACUGCACAGCUCAAGGCCGCUGGACUGAACAACUGCCGCAGUGUCAAGCUGUCCAGUGCCCACCCCUGCAAACUCCAGACAAGGGCAAGGGAAACUGCUCUCAUCCACACGGCCGCUUUGCGUAUCACGCCAGCUGCAUGUUCUCCUGCAACUCUGGCUUUGAGCUGGUUGGGUCAGAGAAGCUCAAGUGCACAGAUCAGGGAAACUGGAGCAGAGAUAUGCCCAUUUGUGAAGCUAUAAAGUGUCCCCACUUGAAGACUCUGGGGAGGAUGAAGAUGAAUUGCUCUGGUCCCUGGGACUCCUUCAGAUAUGGAUCGACAUGUCUCUUCCAGUGUGCUGAGGGCUACAACCUCAAUGGAACAAGCAGCAUUCAGUGCCAGGCCGGUGGCCAGUGGUCUUCCGAGAUGCCUGUUUGUCAAGAAAAUGUUGCCCCUUAUUACACAAAAGCUCUGCUUUAUACUGGUGGAGCCACAGUAUCGGCUAUAGCCCUCGUGCUUUCUGGGAGUCUGAUCGCUCUGGCUAUCAGACGCUUCAGGAAAAAAGGGGAAAAGAAAAGGCUCCUUGAUCAUACCAGUGAUUUGGGAGCGCCUGGUGUAUUCUCCAACGCAGGCUUCAGCUCUGCUUUUUAAGAACUCAUCUGGAAGAAAAGUGCUGAUGCAAUGGGACUUUCCUGCAACCUCAUUAAUCUGUGUCACCACUGUCAGUGAGAGCUUCUGCUGCCUGGUUGCUGGGAGAUGGAAUAAAUUCAUGCUUCAGAAUACCUUGGGCUGGCAGGGAAGUGUUCUUGUGCUCAGGUCCUGCUUGCAGGCUUUCUGCAGGCAUCUGUUCUGCCACUGUGAGAACAGGACGCUGGACUAGUUCAGCAAGCCCUGCUUACGUUCGUAUGCUUGAAGCAUCUAGCUCUCCCCGAUAUCCUGCUCUGUGCUUCCAGUCAUCAUCCACAUUGUAGAGUUUAAUGGAUUUCAAAUUGUCUCAUCAUUUGCCUUCAUCGCCUGUCUAUCUUAGAUGACCUGCAUUCUCCUUAUGCUGUCAGACUCCUGCCAACUCUCAACCUUUAUCAUUAAAAGGUCUUGCAGAGAUGCUGUGGCUGAAAAACUUUGUCAAAAGCUGCUGUAAAAUAUUUCUGGACAUACUGGUUUUUCUUUCUUUACCCAGACUUGGAUUCAGGACCUGUUGUAAGGCUGCCUUUAAAAAAAUACCCAAACAUUAAAACAAACUUGGGGAUCACUGUCAAGAUAUGACUAGAUCAUUUAAUAUGCACAUACCAUGCUAGAAAAACCUACCUGAGCCUUGCUGUCCAGACUAGGAAAACAUUGUUAAUUUGUGGGCACAAACUAUACAAUGGAGAAUGCCAGCUGCCACUCAGGACAGGAAUGUCUUUUUAAAAAGCAAAUGAAAGAGAACGUGCUCCAAAGCUGAAUUCUGCAGUCAGCACCACAUUCUGCACUUGUAAAUUAUAAAUUGACCGCCUAUGAGGCUGCAGUCAAAUAUUUCUAGUGUGCCAUUGAAUAAAUGGCAGCUUAAAAAAACCAUUUUGUGUACUUUGUUAGCAGAGGCAAACCUAGCAACUUAGCAAAUUUUACACUGGUUACCUGCUAUAGCCACAGGUAGAAUAGAAACACAAGAAGCAAAUGCCACUGCCUGGGUUCAAAUCCUCAUUCAGCUCUGAAGCUUAUUAGGUGAGGUUGGCCUGUUAUACUUAGCCUAACCUACCUCACAGGCUUGUUGCUGGGAUAAAAUGGGAACAAGGUAUGGUUCCCCAAGCUUCUUGGUGGAAUGGCAGAAUAAAAAUGUAGUAAUGUCUGUGGACAAACAUCGGUUCCCUCAGCCUGUAAAGCGAGAUGAGCGCCACAACCCCAGAGCCGUCUGCGACUGGACUUAACUGCCAGGGGUCCUUUAUCUUUACCUUUAAUGUUUCCCCCCCUCAACAUUCUUGGGAUUUUUCCAAUAGAUACUAUACUAACACAUUUGAAGCUAAGGCUCUGAUACUGGAGCAUAAUAGAUCUUAAAUAUAUCAGUAGGCAUAGUAGCACAUCUAAUAAGAGACAUGAUUAAAACAAACAAUUGUACCAAAACUAUUUUAAUAUUUGGUAUAGAUACAGAAGAAUAUUGGUGCACCAAGACAUUGGAAAGCAUCUGUCCCUCUCUUUUUUGCAUUUUCAAAAACAGGAACAGAGAGCAUAUUUAAACCCCCCUCCCCUUCCUUGUCCCACUUACAACUUCAUACCAAAUACAGCAUAUAUACAUAUACCAUAUGACUUCCCUUCCUCACUUUUUCUGGUUCCUUUGCUUUUCUACUUCUCCGCAUAAGCCACAUCUUGAUAUCAUCCAAUUUGUUGUCUAUUUCAACUCUGCCAGAUUUACUUGAGACCUGCUAAGCUAUGUAUCUGUCUACACUGGUUCUUGAAACAAUCAAUAAACAUUAUCCAUUCCUUUUUAUAUUCCUUAUCAUCAUUUUCUCAUCCUAUUCGUCAGACCAGCCAGUUCAGCAUACAGUAUUUGAAGAUUUUACACUGUCAUUCUUCCUUAGUGGGGACUAUACUUGUUCUCCACCUUUGUGCUCAUAAGGUUCUAGCUGUGGGGGUGGCGUAUAGUAAUAAACUCUCUUGUUUUUUUGGGACCUCCAUUGUUACCAUCCCCAAGAGAAAAAUCUCAGCUGUUCUGGGGAAAGUUAAUUAAGUAUCAUUUAAAAUUCAUUAGAUAUAGUUUUCCAAUAUUCCUUAAUUAUUUUACAGGACCACUACAUAUUAAUAAAAGAU